UCGCUGGGGCUUCAUCUCCGUCUCUCUCUCCCUCUCUUCGUCUCCUUAGCGUGACCACAUGCGGAGUUACACUCACUGUUGCACUUGCUCUCGAGUGUUGAGAGAAGAAGAGGACUCGACCGUCGGUGUCGGAGGUGGUGGUCACUUCUUUAACCAGUCAGAGUCGGAGAGGAGAGGACUCCCGUGUCUUCCGCGUCUCCUUCACCUCACCUGAAGUGUCCCUUACCUACAGCGUCUCCACAGGAGGAAGGAGGAGGAGGAGGACAGAGGAGAGGACAGACUUCAGGGACGCAGCUCUCUUUCUCACACAGAAAUAAAAAAUAAAGCUACGCGAAGACAGCGAGAAUGGAGGUCUGCACUUCUCCCCCGAGGAAACUUACUUUGCUCUGCUUUGCCUUUGUGGGGGGGCUCACAGGUGUUUUAGCUGAAAUCCAGAUACCCCAAACGAGUAUGGAUGUGAUCAAGGGUCAGAUGGUGGUCCUGAGCGCGUCAUACAACCCGGUACCAGGCAGUGACAUGAGCACCAACACCAUUUUGUGGAACUUUAUCACCAACAGCCCCCAGCUGAUCAUCUCCUACACCAAGGGCUCCAUAAGCGAGGGCAGCUCCCAGUUUAAGGGCCGCGUGGGUUUCACCACCACCAUGCCCUCGCGCAACGUCUCUCUGUACAUCAACAACACGGAAGAGGCCGACUCGGGACGUUACCUCUGCCAGAUCAUCAUUCCCGACAAGCCCAUCAACCCCGCUGAACUCACCCUGGAUGUGAAGGUCCCUCCUGCUGUUCCUAAGUGCUCUCUAUCGGGGAAGCCAGUGCUGAAGGGCAACGUGACGCUGAGCUGCACAUCCAGUUCUGGGAAACCCGUUCCUCUGUACAAGUGGAAGAAAACCAGCCCCACCUCUGAAGUCUUCUUUUCCCCCAUGCUCAAUGAGAAGACGGGCACGCUGAAGUUGAGUAACCUGAGCAGCAACAUGUCAGGGAAGUACAUGUGUACAGCCAGUAACUCUGCCGGCUUGGAGAGCUGCAUCAUCAACCUGGAGAUCGUCAGCCCCAACAGAGCGGGCGUGAUCGCUGGUGCCACUGUGGGCUCCAUAGUCGGCUUCCUCAUACUCUUGCUCUGCAUCUGCGGCUUUUUCCUGCUGAAGAGGCGGCGAGACAACGAGGACGACAUGGCCAACGAAAUCAAGGAGGAUGCUCAGGCUCCAAAGCGUGUGUCCUGGGCUAAGAGCGGCAUGGGCUCAGACAUCAUUUCCAAGAAUGGCACCCUGUCGUCCAUCGCCUCCAGCCCGCACCACAAAGAGCCCUCCCUCCACCACAACAACCUCCACCACCACCUGCAGCAGUACCCGCAGCGCCCGCCUUCAGACACCGCCUCCAUCAUCACGGCCACCGGCAGCAUGGCCGGCUACCGGCCGUCCCGCCACCACGGAGCCUCCACGCCGACCCACUUCACGUUCAGCAACAACGCCAUCCUACCCCGCGAGCAGCCGCUCCACUCCGAGUCCAACGGGGGCUCCCCUCCGCGGCCGGAGCGCUACGGCCAGCUGCCUCAGGCCCAGGUGCUGCCGCAGACCUACGGCCAGCCCCAGCUGCAGCUUCACGACGCUGCGUCCCCGCCGCCGCCGCUGCCCGCCUCUGGCGUGACGGCCUCGAACAUUGUCCGCAUGGGAGGAGUGCCCAUCAUGGUGCCUGCGCAGAACCAGGCCGGAUCUCUGGUCUAGUGUUCACAAAACAAUGCUGUUGACAAAAAAAAACACUUUUACUCUCUGAGGCUCAGACACUGAUCUGCUUUUAAAGAAGGCAAACGCUUUAAAAAUAAACUAUUUAGCAGCGAUUUACAGUAGAUGAAAAUGUCACGUUCAGACACGGUUUACUUGCUUUACUUAUACUUUUAUAUUCAUGUACUGCAACAUACGUUCAGACAUGUGCAUAAACAUGCUGUUUCUACUUUAUUACUGCAUUUCUUCUUAUUAUUACUAUUAUUUUUCAUGUAUCCUUUAAAUGCCUGCCUGCAGUGCGAGUGAUAAAAAGUGAACCGCAAGGGAAUCAUCGCUGGAGAACACAAACAGAACAACGUCUUAAAAGGAGGACUUUUGUAAGCACAUUAUAUCUCUACUGUUCAGAGAGGUGACCGAUCAAAGGGGAUUCUGCAAUGUUUAGGUUAACAUAUGAAGAUCUAUGUAUAAAAAGUCAACGUUACAUGUCUGAUCAGGAAACUUUUGGGCAUUGCAAAAAAAAACACAGUAAAUCAGCUCCUGAAAUGUCCUCAGACUCUUCUUCAUUCUCCAAACAAAGAUUGUACAUAGAUAGAUAUUUAUUUUCUGUUCCAUGUGUAACAGAGGCCCGCAUAUACGUGAUCUCUUUAUAUAGAAAGAGAUCUAUUUUUACGUGAUGCAGGAAGACGCUUUCAUCCCGUGAUCGUCUACUGCUCCAAGUCGUCCUUUAAGAGGUUUGGGAUUGUUGGGUCUCAUUAGCAGGUGAUUAAAUGCUAAUGUUGUGGGGAUUAUGGCUCUAUAUCCUAAGAUUUAUAUAAUGCUGAAAGGUUAUUAUGGAAUUAUUGAUCAAAGAUGCCAAAAAAUGAACAUGUUAUUAUCAUAUAAUAUAAUAUAAAUAAUAUAGUACGCCAUAGGGUCUGACAAUGUUUAGGAUUAACUGCAACAGGAAGACACUUGCCUACCACUUCCUGUCAUGAGAGGACGUAAAUAGGGCUGCAACGAACAAGUCUUUUCUCGAUGAAUCGAGUAUUAUUUUGUCCAUAAAAAUGUAGGAACAUGUAGAUGUGUGUUAAUGAUUUUUUUUUGUCAAAUGGAGCAAAGAAACCAGAAAAUAUUCACAUUUAAGAAGCUGGAAAAUCAGGAAGCUUGUAUUAAAACAAAACAAAACCGAUUCAUCGAUUCUCAAAGUAGUUGUUUCAGCCCUAGAUGUAAAUAAGCUCAAAACACUGCAUAUUAAUUAAUUUCAAUGACUUUAUCGCAGAGUCACUAUGUAUGUAUGUAUGUACUCACCUUUUUUUUUUUUUUUUUAUUUCUUUCAAGUCACACAAAUGUCUGUUUAGACACUGAAGGAUCUCACUAUCCAUUCUGCUGUAUCGUCAUUACACUGGAGCAUUUUUUUAUUUUUAUUUUUGGUUUUUAACGUGCACAAAUCUUCUUUUACAGUUUUUGAGCACGUGUUGAUUCGAGCUCGGCAAACGUAGCCGUGGUGUUGGUUGUGUAUAGUUUGGAAAACGGCGUUCGCUUUACGCAGUAGGAAUGUUCAAACGUGUUCAAGGCAAACCUUUAUUUUUAUACAGUCACGUAUUUGAGCACAAGAGCCGACUUUAUAUAAAAACAGUAUAUGCUGUGUGUUGUAUAAUGUGGAGAAGUGUGGACCGUGGUGGAUCGUAUUACUGCUGUUGUACACAUUUACAGAUUAGUGUGGGGACGUGAAUGUGCAGGAUCCUCCAUAUUUAUGUUCAUGACCAAUGCUUUGUAUAAUUAUUUUCAAUUAAAGUUCAAAUGAUCAGG